CCUCCUCAGAAAGGAAGAUCAAGAAGGCAACUGUGAGAAUCACACAGAGGAAAUGGGAACGGAGAGUCGCGGCCCUAUAUGAGCCAUUUUAAAACAUAAAUAUUUCUGGUAUUUACGUAACUCGGGUGAAUGCUGUUAUUGUUUACAUUUAUUGACAGUGAUAACGUAGGUUAGUGAAAGAUCCAGGCCCGGGCUUCAGUCCGCGGUCUUGAGUUGAACAUCCAUCCGACAUCAGAUCGAGUGAGCCGGUGUGAUCAGCAGAGCUCGGCUGCACAUCAUGGGCGACAGCAGAGAUUCUCGUAGUCCAGACAGCUCAUCCAUUUCCUCACCACCAUCAGGUCAUCGUUCGCCCCCGUUGGCCCCUUCAGCUGCCGCCAUGACUUCCCUGCCACCCAUCACUUCGGCCGUGAACAGUCCCAUCAGCAGCAUGGGCUCACCCUUCUCCGUCAUCAGUUCUUCUCUGGGUUCUCCUUGCCUUCCAGGAACUCCCUCAGUAGGCUACGGCCCCAUCAGCAGCCCACAGAUGAACAUGUUUGCCAGAAACACAGAGAUCAACUCCACCGUGUCCAUGUCGGGACUGCACGCCGUCAGCAGCUCUGAUGAUGUCAAACCGCCCUUCGGAUUGAAGCCGAUGUCCGCCCACAGCCCAGGGCCCAUGGUCUCUCAGAAACGCUUGUGUGCAAUCUGUGGAGAUCGCUCCUCUGGCAAGCACUACGGCGUGUACAGCUGCGAGGGCUGCAAGGGCUUUUUCAAGCGCACUGUGAGGAAGGACUUGAGCUACACAUGCAGAGACAAUAAGGACUGUCUGGUGGACAAACGCCAGAGGAACCGCUGCCAGUACUGCCGCUACCAGAAGUGCUUGGCCAUGGGUAUGAAGAGAGAGGUGGUCCAAGAUGAACGACAACGAUCCGUUCAAGAGGAGCGUCAGAGGAACAAGGAGCGAGAGGGAGAGGUGGAGUCCACCAGCGCAGCGAAUGAAGAGAUGCCUGUAGAGAAGAUUCUGGAAGCAGAGAUGGCCGUGGAGCAGAAAACCGAGCUUCAUGCGGAUGGCAGCUCAGGGGGAAGCUCUCCGAACGACCCAGUCACAAAUAUCUGCCAGGCGGCUGAUAAGCAGCUGUUCACUUUGGUGGAGUGGGCAAAACGGAUCCCUCACUUCAGUGAGCUGUCUCUGGAUGACCAGGUCAUCCUGCUGCGUGCUGGCUGGAAUGAGCUACUGAUCGCGUCAUUCUCCCAUCGCUCCAUCACGGUGAAGGAUGGCAUUCUGCUGGCCACCGGCCUCCACGUGCACAGGAACAGUGCUCACAGCGCAGGGGUGGGAGCCAUCUUUGACAGGGAGAGUGCGCACAAUGCAGAGGUUGGGGCCAUAUUCGACAGGGUGCUGACGGAGCUGGUGAGCAAGAUGAGGGACAUGCAGAUGGAUAAAUCAGAGUUGGGCUGCCUGAGAGCCAUCAUCCUCUUCAACCCAGAUGCAAAGGGAUUGUCAAGCCCGAGUGAAGUGGAGUUACUGAGAGAGAAGGUCUAUGCAUCGCUGGAGGCUUAUUGUAAACAGAGAUAUCCUGACCAGCAGGGCAGGUUUGCCAAGCUCCUCCUCCGACUGCCAGCGCUGCGCUCUAUUGGCCUAAAGUGCCUGGAGCACCUGUUCUUCUUCAAGCUGAUUGGAGACACCCCUAUCGACACCUUCUUAAUGGAAAUGCUUGAAGCUCCACAUCAGCUGACCUAACCUGGACCAGUCUCCGAUCCAGUUCAGUCCGGUUUGCACCAGGGUAUCGCACCCACCCUGGACUCUGGGUCUUUGCGGUCUCACUUCCCAUUAAUACCUUCCCCCCACAAUUCUCUCCUACAUAUUCUUCAUGCCGCACCUUCAAACCAGUACAGCCCAGAACAAAAGACUCUAAGCUGUCUGAAAAAAAAAAUACACUUGUUUUCCAUGUAAUGUUUUACACAGUCUGAGCUGUCCAGAGAGAUUCCCUGGGUGUUCUAAAUCAAAAGCAUUGGUUUAAAGACUUUGGCUUCCAGUUUUAGAACUCUCAUAUUGAUUCUAGAGAUCUGUAUAUCGUUUUGGUUUGUAUGUUACUCUGAAUGCACGAACUGUACUUUUUUCUCAUUUGUCACUGCAGUUAGACAGCCCGUCGGCUGAAUUUACAGUGCAUGUGUGACCGGGGCAAGAAUCUGCCGAGCCCUUUAGAUGGUACGAAUCAAGUGACGGCAGACCUGCCGGUUCGUUUCUGACUGUGGAAUACUGCUAACGUGCUAUCUUUGGGAUUUUUACCUUGAAAUCCUACUUUGUACUGUACUCAUGAAAUGAGUCUGAUUUAUAAACAGCAUUGGAAAUUCUCUGCCUGUUGCAUCUGGCCCUAUUAAAAAUGCAGGCUAGAGUUUAACGUUUGUGAAUAAAUGUAUGGAUGGACAUGAGUUUUUGAUCAUGUUCCAAGGAGAGCCUAAAGGCACACAUUAAAUCUCGCAGGAGAAUCCUGCUUUUUUUGGUGGCAAUAGGAGGGUCAACCUUGUUUUUCUUAGUUUGUGUUGUUUUUAAAUGAA